UUCAAUCGUUCAUGGCCGCACACGGAGGAGAAGAAAAAGAAGAAGAACAGAGUCUGAUUCUGGGAACAGCGAAAGUGGUGGAGUAUUUGGAGCCAUUAAUGUCGAUAGAGCUUCUGGGCAAGUUCCCAGAUAACUCAGCCUAUGACUUCGACUAUUCGCAGAGCUCAAUCUGGUCUCCUUUGAUCUCUCGACCUUUCGCUCCCAUGGAUCUGGACUCCUUCACCCCCUUCAGGAAUGUUUCUUUCGAUCACAAUGAGAUUGAUUUGCAGUUUGGUGCUCGUGAUAAAAGCAGUGCCAAGAAAGUUGGAUCAAAGCUCAGGAAGAAGUUCUCCACCACAGCGUUUAAUCUCAACCUGGAUUUGCUUAAGAGUAAGAAUAUGAAGAAGAAGAAGAAGAAGAACAAGAUUGUGCCUUCUGAUUUGUCUCCUACGCCUCCAAGGAUGAAGACUGGCUGUAAUCCCAUCGUUAUGAAGGGAUGGGCGAAGGUGCUGAAAGCUGCGUCGAAACAGUUCAAGAGAAGGAAGAUGAAGAAAGAUGCAACGGCUCAUGUGAUGCUGCCAAAGUCAUUCUGAUGAUAGAUACACACACACGCACACGUUUUAGUUUAACUGUGUAUGAAUGAAUGUAUUGCAAUUAUCACUGAUUUAGUCUCUUAUUAUUAUUAAUUCACAUCUCAUUGGCUUUUACCUAUCCUGCUUCCUUUCAGCAAAGGUCAAUGUUCUGUAAUCAUUCUACCUUCAGUUUAUGAUAUUUACAAGUCAAACUAAACAGUUCUGCUUUUUCA